AUGGGUUACUCACCCCUCUGGAAAGCACUGGCUGUAUCCCAGUACGAAAAGGCUAAGGAACAACAAGAAGCCUCGGUCGUGGAACAUGAAGAUUUGUGUAAUGAAUCGUGGGACUCGUUUGAUUAUGAUUGCAGCUCUUUGCUCUCGUCCCAGUUAAACUCCGAGAGAAAUGUUUUGGCGACCACUAGCUUGAUCGACUGUCGAAAUCCGUGGGCGGAUGACGAGGUUGAUUAUGAAUAUUGUGACGAUGCCGACGAUGUACCUUUGCAAACAUUGAAUCAUGAGACUGGAUCCUCCGUAGCGAGCUUCGGUGUCCCACAUAAUCCAUCAUGGUCCAUUGACGACGGAGUGUGGGCAGAAGAUCAACAAGGAAAGCCCGAGAGCACAAACGGGGAGGACUUUUACGGAAUGCCGGUGGAAAGGUACGUCAACUGGUCAACUGCGAGGCUUUUCCUUCGCGUUUAG